AUGACUGAAAAAUUUCAAUCUAUAACAGAAAAUACUUUAAACCAAAGUAAACAAUCUGAUGAAAAUAAAGAAGAAUCUAAAGAAUUAAACAAUAUGGAAAACGGUUCUACAUUGGAAGUUGAAGAAUUGGCUCGUCAUGAAAGACGUCAAGAAUUGAGAUCGGCGAAUUUGUUAGCUUGGAGACAAGGAAAGCCUGCACAAUUAUCUGCCGAACAUCAAAAAAGUUUAUUGAAAGAUAUUCAAACCUUGACAUUAGGGAAAUAUAUAUCUGAAGUAGUGGUAGCUGUGGUUGACGGUGUUCAAAAGUGUAAAUCAACUGCUGAUGUUUGGGCAGCUGUCGAAGUGAUUUCAGUUUUACAUCAAAGAUUUCCUGACACAUUUACACCUUUCUUAACUCAUACACUAGCUCGUUCUCUUGCACCUCCAUCUAAACAACAACUAGCUGCUAUGGCUGCCGAACAAAGAGAGAAGGAAGAAAUUAGUCGUAUAUCAAAACAACGUAUAUUGCUUAGAAUAGCAGGAGAGUUGUGGCUAAUGGGAGUUCUUAGGAAUGUUGAAGAUGGUAUAGCCGCGUUGAAUAGUGGAAGUGCUGCCGUAGGAUCUGGAAGUGUGAAUGGUGUUAAAGAUAAUGUCGCUGGAUUUGUUAGCUCGCCGACCAAAGGACCUAAAGAAGUCAAGGAAGCAAAAACAUCUGGUGACGGGUUCAUGUAUACAGUGUUGAAAGAUUUGCUCUCUCACGAUAGCAAACAUGUCAAUCUCCCGUUGGUUGUUUCCUUUUUGAAAUAUUUUGGCGUGGAAAUGCUUGGCACUACUUCGCGUAGAACUCAUCGUGAUACGCUGGGUAGCUCUGCUACUACGACCAACGAAGAAACAUCUACUGAAAAUCAAGUCUCAACCGAGAAAAUCGUAAAUAAUGGUGUUUCCAAACAGCAACAGCAACCAGAUAACCCUGAUCCAAUUGUCACUCCUCAAAAACGAGAACUUUUUAAAAAUUUAUUAAUCGAUUAUUUUAAAAGUAUCGAGGCUCAUCUUAUUAUGGAUCAUCAGACAAUUAAAACUUUAGACCAUAAUAAUCAUGAAUUCUAUAUCACCAAAGGUGAAGUUCCUGAAGCAACCAAGCAAAAUUACGAAAAAGUUGUCAAGUUAUUUGACAAAUUUUUACAAAAUGCUCAAUUCCUUGCUGAUUUUCUUGAUAUCGAAAUGCCUGAUUUACCUGAUGAAGAAGGAAUAACAAAAAUGUCUACAAUUAUUCGUGAUGGCACAAGCACAACUGAAAAAGAAGAAACAUUUACUAGUAGUAUCUGGGAAGAUGAGGACGCUAGAAGUUUUUAUGAGAAUCUUAUUGAUCUCAAGACGCUUGUACCUGGUGUCCUACUUGAAGUCAAAUCAAAUAAAAAAGAUGAUGGAGAUGCAGAUAAGGAUGACCCAUCUAAUUUACUUGACAAAGAUGAAAAAGAUGAUGGCGACAAGAAUAGCGAGUAUAAUUUGCCUGAAGAUUGUAAAGAUUAUGAAGCAAAAGAUUUUGAAAAAGAAAAUGAACAAGCCGAAGAAGAUACCUCAGGCAACUUAAAGAAGGAAACAGAUUCUGCAAAUAAAACAGGGACUUCUGCACAACUUGAUGCUUUGUUAUCACGUCUUCCACACAUGAUUAAUCGUGAUUUGAUUGAUCGGGCUGCAGUCGAUUUCUGUUAUUUAAAUUCUAAGGCGUCUAGAAAGAAAUUAAUCAAGACUUUAUUGGGAGUACCUCGCAUUAGAUUAGAUCUUCUUCCGUAUUACUCUCGAUUGAUUGCUACAUUAAAUCCACAUUAUCCUGAUAUAACAUCAUCAGUUUUGCAAGGGUUGGAGGGUGAAUUCAAAUCUUUACAAAGGAGAAAAACUGUUGAUUUGCUUGAAACUAAAAUUAAGGUUCAUUGA